GCUUCUCCUCCUAACUUGAGUGGGAGAUAGAUCAUAAGCGCCGCCCGCCGCGCCUUAUAAGUACCUUCUAACUUAAAACUUGUUUUCUGAUUUUGUGAUUUUGUGUCGCUGCUUCUCAACCUCAGAGUAGCAUCCCUUUCCUUUCAUCGUUUCUCUGCUUUUCAAACUCAAGAGUAUCACCCCUUCCAUCCAAAAACAUGCCGCAAGAGCUCCCUGGGUUGUACUACGAUGCUGAGAAGAACAGGUACUUUCCCAUCAAACCUCGGAUACCUGGCUCUUCUUCCCAUGCGUCGCAAUUUCAAAAGAACCCACUUUCAAACUCCAUCCAGGUUGAGGCAACCAAGCUGUGUCCACAAACCAAGGCUCCCACAUCUAGGCUGCUUCAUCUUAGAGAGUUGAACGGCGGUGCUUUCACUUUUGAUCGAGGGAGGCAUAGUUUUCAGGAGGAAUUCCACAAGUUACAGGCUUCUAAACCUGUGGUUUGGAGAUAUCAUGGGACAGAUAAUGUAAGUGAUAGUGCUUUGGAACAGACACAAAUAGAUAUACAGACACUAGAGGGUCAAACGGAAACUGAUGUUCUACUAGCAGGAAGUAUAGAUGGCUCCUUGAGUUUCUUAAACGUUGGAAAGUUUGGACAACAUUUUGACUAUGGGCUAACCCACAUUCCUGAUCUUGUUGGGCCUUCUACCAAGGUCGAAGCAGAGAGUAAUGAAACACCUCAGUAUAUGUGGAGGCCCCCAGGUGCUUCUCUUCGUAUGCCGUCAAGAAUUUCUUGUAUAAGAUUGUUUGAAAAGUGCUCUACUUUUACAAACAAUGAUGACUCUAAGGUCCGACGUGCACUGAUAACUACACUGGGAUCCGAGACUUCUGGUGGAUAUGUUUAUAUCCUUAAUCUCCUGGAACCAGUAGAUUUUAGUUCUACAGUGGAUCAAAGGUUACAUGCAGUUGCAUCUUUCAAUUAUACCAUUUGGACAGCAGAUUUCAACUCUCAUACAAGUCAAGCAGUAAUUGGAACCAAUAUUGGAGCUUCUUUGGUCAAUGUGGAAAGAGGAACCUCAACAUGGGUGUGUCGUAGUAAAAGUGAUGUUUUGGCACAACAAUUUGAUCAGACAGGCAAUCUUGUUUUGUGUGGACUCAGAAAUGGAGCGAUUGUCACUGUUGAUGUCCGUGAGAACCAGGAUGGCCUGUCUGCUAGACUCACGAGGCAUCGAAUACCUUACUUCUCGUCAGGUAGAAGUAAUCAGAAACAAUGGUUUGAGCUCAAAGGACGCAUAUAUCCAUCUCGUACCAUUUAUAUGCCAUCAUCUAUUUCUAGUUUGGUGUCACUUCAAUCCUAUGAUCAGUACUUCUUGGCAAGCUCGAUGGAUGGUUCGAUGAAGCUAUAUGAUCACCGGCUAACUAAGAGAGGGGCUGUACAAUCUUAUGGAGGGCAUGUAAAUUCCCAUACUCGUAUACAGCUUGGAGUUGACCAAUCUGAGAGAUUUGUUAUGUCAGGAGGAGAGGACUGCUAUUUACGGCUUUGGAGUAUCAAGUCUGGUAAACUGCUCUUUGAGGACAAAUUUUCUGAUUCUGCGCCAACAACUGUUUGCUGGCAAAGGGCUGAAAGAUACGGGGGAAGGGAAGAUGAAAAACAAAGAUAUAAAGAGCACCUACUUGGGCAAAACCAUAAUUCCGGGGCAUGGCUUGGAUCACGUGAAGGCCUAUUCCACAUGCACUGGUCCUGACUUGUAAACCAAGGUUCAUCUUUAAGGUCAGAUAUCAUCAGUGGUGUGUGUUUGUGAUCUUGAUGAGAGACUUGAUACUCUGCAGUGUGAAAUGCUUUCCAGCAGCAGUGGUGCCAGCCCCAAUUUUGAUAAUACCGUCACUAUAGCAUAGCAAUACAAAAUUCUACAGGAUGUUUAUUAGACAAUCUACUGUUAGGCAUUGGAAGGGUAUAAAGCAACAGUUUGCUCUACAUUUUUUUUUUUUUGAGGUGGUGUAGGGGCCGAGGGUUGUAACACAUAACUGUCAAAACUUGUAUAUUGUAAGCAUUAAUUAUCCAUCAUUUUUGGAAUU